UUCCCUGUGACUUCCCCAUAUAAACACCUCCUUCAACAUGUUCUCAAAUCUCAAUCACCAAGCCCAAAAAGCAAAAAGAAAAAAAAGGCUUUGUUUUCUCAUCCUAUCCCCCAACGAUGGAGCUAUUCGGCAUCAACAUAGGUUCAACAAUGGCGGCACUAAUGUUAGGGUGGACAAUGUUCCAGCAAUUCUUCCCUUACCACCUUAGCCGCUUGCUUGAAUUGUACGCCCUAAAGAUGGCCGCUUUCUUCUACCCUUACAUCCAGAUCACCUUCCCGGAGUUCACCGGCGACCGCCUGACACGGAGCGAGGCAUACAUCACCAUCCAGAACUAUCUCGCUGCGAUUUCCUCUGCCACCGCCAGGCGACUCAAGGUCGACUUCGUCAAAGAGAACAACGACUCUGUCCUCCUCGCCAUGGAUGACUACGAGGAAGUCACCAACGUGUUCCACGGCGUCAAGGUCAAGUGGUCUUCCACGAAGACUGUUCGUCCCUCGCAGUCGGUGUCGUUCUACCCUGCUGCCGACGAGCGGCGGUCCUUCACCCUCACUGUUCACAGCCGCCACCGUGAGUUAGUGACCAGCGGUUACAUAGCUCAUGUGUUGAAGGAAGGGAAGGCAAUUGCGUCGAGGAAUAGGCUGAGGAAGCUUUACACUAACAAUUCGAGCUGCGAAUGGUCUCUGUGUAACGCUACGAAGUGGAGCCAUGUUGCUUUCGACCACCCUGCGAGUUUCGAUACUCUGGCCAUGGCGACGGGGCUCAAGGAAGGGAUUAAGAAGGAUCUGGUCAAGUUCAGUCAAGGGAAGGACUACUACAACAGGAUAGGCAAGCCAUGGAAGCGCGGGUAUCUCCUCUACGGUCCGCCGGGAACGGGGAAGUCCACCAUGAUCGUCGCCAUGGCCAAUUUCCUGAACUACGACAUCUACGAUCUGGAGCUGACGACGGUGAGGGACAACUCCGAGCUGAGAAAGCUGCUGAUCGAGACUACGAGCAAGUCGGUCAUUGUGAUCGAAGACAUAGAUUGCUCGCUCGAUCUCACUGGCCAGCGAAAGAAGGGCACGAAUGGGGAGAAAAGCAAACAAGAAGAUGAAGCAAACGCAGAGGAGAAAGACCCUUUGGCCAGAAUUAGGAAGGGAAUGGGAAUGGGAAUGACGGGGACGAGGGAGAGCAAGGUGACACUCUCGGGCCUUCUGAACUUCAUCGACGGAAUAUGGUCGGCUUGCGGCGGAGAGAGGAUCAUCGUGUUCAGCACCAACUACAUCGACAGCCUCGACCCGGCAUUGAUUCGGAGAGGGAGGAUGGACAUGCACAUCGAGAUGUCUUACUGUUGCUUCCAGGCCUUCAAGCUGCUGGCAAGGAAUUAUCUGAAUUUGGAAUCACAUGAGCUGUUUGGAGAAAUUGAGGUGCUCUUGGAGGAGACGAAGAUGACUCCCGCGGAUGUUGCAGAGAAUUUGAUGCUGAAAUCGGACGACAAAGGGCCCGAGAGUUGUCUGAGAAACUUGAUUGAAGCUCUUGAAGUUGCCAAGUUGGAAGAAGAAGCAGCAAAGUUGAAGGCCAAGAAUUCAGAUUUGGAGCAAAUGGUAGCAAAGUUGGAAGAAGCUGUCAAGUUAGAAGAAGCAACAGCAAAGCUGAAAGCCAUGAAAUCGGAGGAAAACGUAGCGAAGUUGGAUAGCAAACUGCAAGUGAAGGAGGAGGAAAUGGGUGAAGACGGUGAGAAAUGUGCUGCGGCGCCAGCACCAUGAUCGCAAGGGAAGUAGAACUGUAGCACUAGUAGCAUUUCUAGACUCGUAGUUUAACAGUAGUAGUUGAAACUUGAAAGAGUGAUUCGAGAGAUGAUUUUUUAACCGUAGCAAAGGCAGGAUCUUAUUCGCCUUAAAAACGUACCCCACCGCUUUGCCACUAAAAUAAAUUAAUUUAGUUCAUCGAAAACAAACCUCUUCCCAAACUCGGCGGUUGAAGGCAAGCUGGGACUUGGGAGCAGAAGCAGAAAAUGCUACUCAGGAAAGUGCUGUUGCGGGGAGCUUCGGCGUCCCGGCUUCUCAUUUCCAAUAAGUCUCCGCCAGCGUCGCUAUUACCUCUGGCUUCCGGAUGUACGCGAUUCUUCUCUUCUUCUACGCAAUCGGAAGGGCCGAAUGAUGGUUUUGUGGCCGGUCAGGAAGGCGGCGAUGAGCAGCCGGCUGCUACUAUCACCGUCGAUCGUUCCGGCCUCUACCAUCCACCUGAGCAUUCUCAUGAACCCACCACGGAGAGUGAGCUGGUUAAGCACCUUAAAGGCAUUAUCAAGUUUAGAGGCGGACCAAUCUCAGUGGCAGAGUAUAUGGAAGAAGUUUUGACGAACCCUAAAUUUGGCUUCUAUAUCAACCGAGAUGUAUUUGGAGCAGAGGGUGAUUUCAUAACCUCUCCUGAAGUCAGCCAGAUGUUUGGGGAGAUGAUUGGUGUCUGGGUUAUGUGUUUGUGGGAACAAAUGGGACAACCCAAGAAAGUGAACUUAGUUGAACUGGGACCAGGAAGAGGAACUCUCAUGGCUGAUCUUUUGCGGGGCACAGCAAAAUUCAAGAGCUUCACGGACUCGAUGCAUAUUCACAUGGUAGAGUGCAGUCCAGUGUUACAGAAGCUUCAGCAUCAGAACCUAAAAUGUGAGAAAGUUUGCAAUGCAGAUGAAAAUGGAGAAAAAAGCUCAGUUACGUCGAUCACAGGAAGUCCUGUUACAUGGUAUUCUUCACUGGAGCAGGUGCCAUCUGGAUCACCAACAAUCAUCCUUGCGCACGAGUUCUAUGAUGCUCUACCUAUUCACCAGUUUCAGAGGUCUUCUCGUGGUUGGUCUGAGAAAAUGGUUGACGUGGGAGAAGAUUCAAAGUUGCGCUUUGUUCUGUCCCCUCAGCCAACACCAGCCACUCUUUACCUAAUGAAGCGAUGCAAGUGGGCCACUGAGAAAGAAGUAGAGAGUCUUAAACAAAUUGAGAUUUGCCCAAAGGCAAUUGAUCUGACUCAUACAAUUGCACAGAGAAUAAGUUCUGAUGGAGGUGGUGCCCUCAUAAUUGACUACGGCCUCAACGGAGUGAUCUCAGAUAGUCUGCAGGCGAUCCGGAAGCAUAAGUUUGUCAGCAUCCUUGACGACCCUGGGUCUGCUGAUCUCAGUGCUUAUGUCGAUUUUCCUUCCCUCAAGCACACCGCAGAGGAAGCUUCAGACAAUGUAGCUGUCCAUGGCCCUCUUACUCAGUCUCAGUUACUUGGUUUACUGGGGAUAAACUUCCGAGUGGAAGCAUUACUAGAGAACUGCACAGACGAACAAGCUGAUUCCUUAAGAACAGGAUACUGGCGCCUUGUAGGUGAAGGGGAAGCCCCGUUCUGGGAAGGGCCAGAUGAACUAGCACCAGUCGGGAUGGGUACGAGGUACCUGGCAAUGGCAAUAGUGAACAAGAAGCAAGGCACGCCUGUUCCAUUCCAGUAGCUUUCUCAAAGCGCUUUUACAAUUGAAUAGCGUGGAAUUCACGAACUUUAUCAGCAGGAUUGGAGAAGAACUCAGACAUUUUGCAGUCCUUGUGGGAGAAGGAUUGAAGAAGAAGAAGAGGGUUUACCCGCCUGAACGUUUCGAGUUUCGUUUGUUUGUUUUGCUUCCGCUUUUUGAUAAGAACAAUGUCGUUUGUGAAUGGAGGGUAGGGAUGGCAAUUUCGACCUGACCUGUUUUACCCGACCUGUUUUGGGCGGGUCCGACCCGCCCCGUAGGCGGGGCAGGGCGGGCAUGGGUAGUCUAAUCGACCCGACCUGCCCUGAACCGCCCCAUUCUCGACCCGUUCAUGUCUAAAUUACAUGUAAUCUUAGUCAAAUUACUUAGAAUUUUCCUUUUAUUGCUUCAUAUUUUGGCUAUAAUAAAGUUGUAAAUUAGUAAAAACCUCAAUUUCUCCAAUAAUUUAACUACAAUUUUCAUAAUAUUGUUAGUUUU